AUGGAUAUGGACAAGAUGGAGACUUCAGACGACGAAAUGGAAUUACCAUCGGACGAGGAGGAGCACAGUGAUGAUGAGAUCGACUUGAAUGGACCUUAUGUUAUGGGCGACGAGAUUGGAAGAGGUGCAUUCUCUGUGGUCAGAGUGGCCACUCAUCAGGUCACUGGUGAGCGUGUCGCCGUCAAGAGCAUCAACACCAAGUUCAUCAAGAACAAGCUGCUGAGACGAGAGAUAGAGAUCAUGAAGAAGGUUGGUGACCAUCCAAACAUACUGAAACUAUACGAGGUCUACGAGACAAAGAAGCAACUACAUCUGAUUCUUGAAUUGGUCACUGGUGGAGAACUGUUUGAAAAGAUUGUACAGAGAGGAGAGUACUCGGAGCAGGAUGCCGCCAAGAUUGUUAAACAGAUAGUAUCAGCCGUUGGACAUUUGCAUGCCAAUGGCAUUGCACACAGAGAUCUGAAGCCACAGAACUUGUUGUGUGCUGGCGAAGAUGGAGAUGAUAUUAGAGUGGCAGACUUUGGUCUGUCCAAGAUAUUUGGUGAGGGCGAUCGUCUAGAGACCUGCUGCGGCUCACCAGAAUACGUUGCUCCCGAGGUCCUAGAGUGCAAGCCAUACGAUAAGGCUUGUGAUCUAUGGAGUGUCGGUGUCAUUACCUAUGUAUUACUAACAGGAUGUUUCCCAUUCUGGGACAAGAACAAUGCUGUGCUAUAUGAGAAGAUCAGAAAUGUAGACUAUGGAUGGCCAAAGGGCUUUGAGGUAUCGGACGAGGCCAAGGACCUCGUUUCACAUCUCAUCGAAAGGAAUCCAGAGAGAAGAUAUACAAUUGAGCAAUGUCUGGCACAUCCUUGGGUAAACACAACGACAAAGUCAAUGAAACAUUAA